UGCGGGGGCAGUCAAGCAAGAUCACAAGGGAGUUUGUUCGGCUGCCGCGCGUUUUGUUGACUGCCAGUUCCAUAUUUAUCUCUGUUCCUCUCUUUCAUCACUACUCCAACGAUACCCUCAUACUACUUCAAUACCUCGAAUAACAUCACAUUCUUUAUUGCCUAUGUACGCUGAUAUCAGGUCUUUGACCAGAGAGCUUGCUACCGUUAUUAAACGUGGCUCCGAACGUGUUCGCACUCGAUCAUUGUUGGUUUCCGCUGACCGCGAUGCAGUACUCUUGCGAGUUUGUGACUGGGCUAUCACUGGUGCACAAGACGCGUCUAUCCGAGACAAUGACCUUCACAACAUAGAAGUACAAGUUCCAUACCUCUAUGAAGAGGACGAGGAUGAAGGCGAGUCUGAAUCCGAAUCGCAAACGACUUUCGACUCCAGUGUUGACGGCGACGACCGAUCCACCCUUUACAACAGCUCUUCGGACCAGUCGGGAAGGGCAUCGCCAGACACGAAACAAAGUUUUUUCGACCACAGCCCUGAUUCUGUGACCGCCACGCUCCCACGAUCUCCAGUUGCACAGCGGGUCCGCACCGUCGAGCUGAAGACAGCAGAGCUCGAAGAGCAGGUCGAUAUUCUUCAUCAACAGAACGAGCAACUCGAAGAAGAGCUUCAACACGCGUUGGAGCAGAGUCGGAAUGAUUAUUUGGUCCAUUUGCGACAUGAGCGCACCAACUGGAAGGGUCGGUUUGAUCUCCUGAAGGGAAGCACGCGGGAGAUUGAGCUAAAACUGCAUAGCUCCGAGGCUGCGCGUCAUCAUCUAGAGCAGGAGUUGUUGAACGCCACCCGGGAGCGGGAGAUACUGCAGGCACAGCUUGAUGAGGAACACUCGGAACAAUCCCGGUUGAAGCGUCGUCUUGCCGAUACUCACACUCAGUUACGGCGGAGAUGUUCUGAAAUGGAGGACCUGGUUGUUAGGAUCAAUGCCGCUGCCGAGGAAAGGACUUCUCGUUUAACAGCAGAACUUGACAGUGCACUAGCGGCCAAUGCGAUUGCGCGUCAUGCUAUCUCUGUGUUGGAGAAGGAGAAGGCUGAGGGCAAGGCUUUGGCUUUAGGACAUCUGGGGACGAAUAUGAACGCGACGAAGCGCUGGCCGUUGGUUUCCGAGCUUCAAUGCCAGGUCUCUGCAUUGAAUGAGCAGCUCCAAGCUGCCCAUUUGAGCCGCGAAGUGCUAGAGCAAGAGGUGCACCAGCUACGACAUGAAGCCACUCGGCAGGAGAGGGAGGCAGAGGAGGAGGAGGAGAUGAGACGAAUGGAGGCCCAGCGUCAAGCGGAAUUGGAAGCAUCGCGGAAGAGGAUGCAGCAGAUGAUGGAGGAGGAAGCGCAACGGAAGCGACUGGCUGCUGAGGGGGAAAGGCAGAAGAAGGCGGCGGAGGAACAAGCCAUCAAGAACGAACGGGAGGCACAAGAGCAAGAAGAAAGAUGUCGUAGACGAGACGAGGAGAAUUGGAAGCUUUCGCUCGGUCAACUGUGGUCUUCCCAUAGAGCGAUAAAUCGCUUUAUCUUCGUCUUGAGGGAGUUCGAGACGACACAAUUUUCCGAAGCUAAACCACUUACGCCAUCUGCGGUGCCUUGGCCUGUUUUGAUCAGCCCGAGCCGAUUUUAUGUGGGCAUGAUGGAGGAUUGGACGCUAGCCGACAAAUUCUUCGAACGUGCCAGACGAUCUCUUCCUUUCGACACGUAUAGGGACCUCAUUUCGAGGACUCGUCAGACCUUCCAUCCUGAUCGAUGGAGGUCGAGGAACUUAUUGAACACGGUGAUGGACGACCCUCUUCGCGCUGUUAUCGAGGACGCUGGUAAUAAGGUUUCGCAGGCCGUUAACCGUAUAUAUCAAGAUAUGUUGGAUAUGUCUUAAGUUAUUAUAUGCACCUCCUACUAAACAUAUAUACCUUUUACAUUUACGCACAUUACGAAGCAAUAUGAUUAUGGAUUUUUACGUCGGCUUA